AUGGGCUUGUGUGCCAGUAAGGAGGACCGCAAUGAAUCGGCUGAGAAACAUAACGUUCAAAAGGUCAAAAGGACUGAGCCAGCUCGUUCGAAAGAAUUGGGCUCAAAAUUACAAAAAAGCACACCUGGCGCCAUUCUAGGAGGAGCCGACGAAUCUGAAAAAGAAACCUCUGCGCGACGGGCGGCUGGCUUGGCAGCCGCUGACAGGUUGGAAAAGUCGCAAAAACAGUUUGGGAAAGGUGAUCUGGGCAGAAAACUAGCGCAAGAGCGCUCCAAAACAUUGAAAACUCAAUUAAAGGAAUCUGCCGAGAGCCGGAAAGCCGAAAAGUCGGCCACCCUUGUGUAUGAUUAA